CAGAAGCAAGCGCGCCCCGCCCCCCUGUGUGUUAGCAUCAUGGAUGAAGGUGUAGAAAAAUCUGCCAGGUAUGAUUUAAACAGUAGGCAGCUGCUGCCACGUCAAGAUUUAACGUCUAACUAGAUGACCAAAAAAGGAGGUGGAGAACUGCUGUGAACCUGAAGAUGAGGCGUCUGUCAAGAAAGAAAGCGCUGAGCCUGGUGAAGGAGCUGGACGCCUUCCCCAAAGUGUCAGAGAGCUACGUGGAGACAUCGGCGUCAGGAGGAACAGUGUCACUUUUAGCGUUUAGUGCCAUGGCACUUCUGGCUGUCUUAGAGUUCUUUGUUUAUCGAGAGACUUGGAUGAAGUAUGAAUAUUCGGUCGACAAGGAUUUUUCCAGUAAAUUGAGAAUAAACAUUGACAUAACAGUCGCCAUGAAAUGCCAGCAUGUGGGAGCAGAUAUUCUGGACCUGGCUGAAACCAUGAUCACAUCUAAUGGCCUGCAGUAUGAACCUGUUAUUUUUGAGCUGACCCCGCAACAAAGACUGUGGCAAAGGACGCUGCUUCUCAUACAGAACAGGCUGAGAGAGGAGCACGCUCUGCAGGAAGUCCUUUACAAAACUCUCCUGAAAGGAGCUCCCACUGCUCUGCCACCACGGGAGGAUGCCUCCAUGGAGCCCCUCAAUGCCUGCAGGAUACAUGGACACGUCUACGUCAACAAGGUAGCAGGAAACCUGCACAUCACUGUUGGAAAGCCCAUUCACCAUCCUCAGGGCCAUGCACACAUUGCAGCUUUUGUGAGCCACGAGACGUACAAUUUCUCCCAUCGAAUCGACCAUUUAUCUUUUGGGGAGGAGUUACCAGGCGUCAUCAAUCCUCUGGACGGCACAGAGAAAAUCACAUAUAACAAUAACCAGAUGUUUCAGUACUUCAUUACAGUGGUGCCCACGAAACUGAACACAUACAAGAUAUCCGCAGACACACACCAGUUCUCUGUGACUGAGCGAGAACGGCUGAUAAACCACGCCGCGGGCAGUCACGGUGUUUCCGGCAUCUUCGUCAAGUACGACACCAGCUCUCUGAUGGUGACGGUCAGCGAGCAGCAUAUGCCGCUCUGGCAAUUCCUGGUGCGACUGUGUGGUAUAAUCGGGGGCAUAUUCUCCACCACAGGGAUGCUUCACGGGCUCGUUGGCUUCUGUUUUGAUGUCAUCUGCUGCCGCUUCAAACUGGGACUCUACAGGCCUGGAGAGGUGCUAAACCAGGACGCACAGCUGCACCAGAUGAAUAAUCUGAACCACCACCAUACUCCUCUGCUGGCUGACAAUCCCCCUCGGUAGUAGCCGCCGAUUCCUCGGCCUGCACGGGUGACCCGACAAAUAAUGAUCACAGUUGCUGCUUUCUCAUCGGAAACUUGAGUUUGGAUUUUCAGAUAUUUGUUUAUUUAUUAGAGUUUAUAAAGGUUUUUCAUUGCCAGCAUUACCGUACUGUAUAUCACAAAAUGUUUUUCUUCCAAAUGACCAAAAAAAAAAAAAAAUAGUAGAGUUAGCACUAACUAUUGCACUGUAGGAGAAUGUGUACCCUGUGACUCUGGUCACAUUUGAUAACGGUGAUGCUGACAAUUAUGUUAAAGUUUAAAUUCCCAGGAGGUCAUUAGCACCGCUGGUUUGUUUCACAGCAUUAAAGUGUAAAAAAAAAGAAAAAAAGAAGCCCAAAACAAAUAAAAGUUGAUUCCUAAAUGAAAUAACAUGCAGAUGGUUUUUAAACAGGUAAACCAUGAAAUGAUGGCAGUCAGGUUCGAGAAGGAUGACUGAGCAAGUGUCAUGUUGCCUAUUAAGCAAUCCUCUAUAAGGAAGACUUAUUUAUUUUAUUUGACUUAUUUCAAUAAGUCAAGAAUGUCUUUAGCAGGUCUACCACAUGACAUGAGUCUUUAUUUAACAAAAAUUGAGCCAGUGUGUCACUAAAUAGACCCUUACUGCUUCCAGGAGCUGCUAAUCAAACCUGCUUGAUUAACUGAUCAUCAGCCAGCUGGCUUGGUCAGAACUGAAGUGGUUCCAGGAAAAAUAUAUCUUUCGAUUUUCAUUUUCUCCUCUGUAACCACGAACGAGUGAGCU